CGACAAUGCGAAUUCAGCAACACACAUUCUAGCAGCAAGACAACAAGUUUACGAUGCCAAAAACGAUGACUCCAAUGGCACCAAAAGUGAAAUGACAACACUGACAACACCAAAAAGUGAUGAUGCGAAUUCAGAAGCGGCACUAAAAUGA